CGAAACUUUUCUCUAAAAGUAUCGACUAGGUUGAUAUGAGAGUUACUGGAUAUUUAAACCGUCCAGAAUAUAUUCCAACACGUUAAUAAUACCAUUUAGGCCUCGUUCUCUUCAUGUAUCGACACAUAUUGGUGACCUCGUUGUGUUUACGUGUGCAAACAUCUGCAGGCGUCUCCUCGGCGGACACUUCUGCCAUAUUGGCACCAGAUAAUUUGUUGGCACAAUCAACUGGAGUUAGCAGCUGAGAUGAUCCACAGUCUGUUCCUGAUCAAUCACUCUGGAGACAUCUUCCUGGAGAAACACUGGAAGAGUGUCAUCAGCCGGAGUGUGUGUGAUUACUUUUUCGAGGCGAGGGAGAAAGCGGUGGAGCCAGAAAAUGUGGCCCCUGUCCUGCAGACCCCACACCACUAUCUCAUCUCCAUAUACAGGGGCAAGCUCUUCUUCCUCUCCGUCAUCCAGACUGAAGUAGCUCCGCUGUUUGUCAUCGAGUUCCUGCACAGGGUGGCAGACACGAUUCAGGACUACUUCGGAGAGUGCUCAGAAGGCGUAAUCAAGGAAAACAUGGUGACCGUGUACGAGCUGUUGGAGGAGAUGCUGGACAACGGCUUUCCACUCGCAACAGAGUCCAACGUCCUCAAAGAGAUGAUCAGGCCUCCCACCAUCCUGCGGUCGGUUGUCAAUACGCUCACAGGAGGUAGUAAUGUUGGAGACACGUUGCCAACAGGUCAAUUGUCCAAUGUCCCAUGGAGGCGGGCAGGUGUUAAAUACACCAAUAAUGAGGCAUAUUUUGAUGUGAUUGAGGAAAUAGAUGCAAUUCUGGACAAAUCAGGUACGACAGUAUUUGCAGAGAUCCAGGGUGUAAUUGAAGCCUGUGUGAGGCUCACUGGGAUGCCUGACCUCACUCUGUCCUUUAUGAAUCCUCGACUCCUCGAUGACGUGAGUUUCCACCCAUGUGUGCGGUUUAAGCGCUGGGAGUCGGAGCGUGUCCUCUCUUUCAUCCCGCCAGACGGAAACUUCACACUCAUGAACUAUCAUGUCAGCUCUCAAAAUCUCGUGGCCAUUCCAGUGUACGUGAAGCAGAGCAUCAGUUUCUUUGAGACGGGGCCUUGUGGUCGCCUGGACAUCACCAUCGGACCCAAACAGACCAUGGGAAAGACGGUGGAGAACAUGAUGGUCACUAUCCACAUGCCUAAAGCUGUGCUCAAUGCCAACCUCACCGCCACACAGGGAACCUACACCUACGACCUCGCUACCAAGGUGCUGGUUUGGGACAUUGGCAAACUGAACCCCCAGAAGCUUCCUAACCUGCGAGGCAGUCUGAGUACGCAGGCGGGAGUCCCCAAACCUGAAGAUAACCCCUCACUCAACAUUGACCUGAAGAUACAGCAGCUGGCCAUAUCAGGUCUUAAGGUGAGUCGUCUUGACAUGUACGGAGAGAAGUACAAGCCGUUUAAAGGGGUCAAAUAUUUGACCAAAGCUGGGAAAUUCCAAGUGCGGACCUGAGUGAUGACGGUCAACAAUCGAAUGUGCCAAAUAGGUGGGAAAGGUUACCACCCCGCUGAGUCAGCUCUCCAAUAAAUCUUACAUAUCCUCAUUGUUAUUAAUGAACGAUUUUGCAUUCUAACAGUUAUUUAUUAUGUGUUUGGCAUUACAUAUAUACGACUGGAUAGUGUUUGUGGCCUGUAAAGGGAAGCCUUAAUAAUCAAUGUGACCUAGUUGAAGUGCUAUUAGUUUCUAUCCAGUUUAGAUGUGCUGCCUUGUAUGGACCAUUCCUGUUUCUUUUUUUUUUUGUCUAACACCUUCUGAGUGUUACCUAAGGGGGAAUAUUUUGGUUUGAAAAGGGACACUCGCAGCUCACCACCUUGCUCCUCACUACUUCAACACGCCUGUACAAUCCUACUUGCAUGUUGCCUGAAAGUAUGCAGCCAUGCCUUUGAAAACCCUUUUACAUAUAGAUAAAGUAUUAAGUUUUAUACUUAUAUAUAUAUAUAUUUGUUUAUUUUUGAAAAAUCUAAUGUAUCCAUUUCUGAGUAGCUGUCUUAAGUGCAAAUAUUUUUGCACACAUUCACUCUUUAAUGUGGCCUUGUUAAGGGUAGGUUAAGGUGCUUUGUACAGCACACUACAGCACAAACUGGAGAUCUGAGGUAAGUACAUCUUGAAAAUAUAUCUUAUCUAAGGUAUAUAGUUUGCCCAAGGGAGGGUGCACAACUCCCCGCAAGGCCAAGAGACAAGCAAGUGAUUCAGUGUUAGGAACUGUAAAAAGCACUCAGAAAUCUACAAGAUCCUCACAUAAUCUUGAAUGCAACUUCUUUACUCAGCACAAGAUUUGCACAAUCAACUGUCCAUGUGAAAAGUACUACUUAAAGCUCUUGUAUGAAGUUGAAUCAGCAUUUCAGUGUAUAAGAUGUCUUAUAAAAAGCCUUA